CAUUAGUAUGUUUAUUGUCAUCCAGUCGAGUCGGUCAGUGGGGUCAGUUCGAUAGUCAAAAUUUUGUGCUCCAACAGCAACAGCAGCAACAGACGAUAGGCGGCGGCUACGGCGGUCAACCAUGCCAACAACAAGAUGUGUGUGUGGACCUCAGGUGCCCUACGACUACAGUCUGGGCAUGGCCUCCAGACAGUUCAACAAACCGCGCUGCCCCUGCACCAAGUGCAAAAAUCGUGCCAGGGAAGCAGAGAUCGCCAUGGGCAAGCAAGUGGCGAGCAAUGCCAAGGGUGGCGUUUGUGGCCAGUGUAUAGAUGGCAUGCAAAUAGGUAAGCCAGCUAUGGCAGGACCCGGCGGUUUUAGUCAGGGAUGUGCGAUCCAAGAACAGCGCCAGAUGCAGCCAUCUGCGAGGCCUCACCAGGGACCACGGCCAGGACCAGAGGGAUCUCAGAUUAAUUGUGGCUGCUCCGCAGCACCAGGACCAACUUCAGGAGCAUCUUCAGGUCGUAAGCCAAAUCAAGUGGGGCAAGUGGCCCCAAUACAUGAUGGACCACUUCAAUUCGGCGGUCCCACCUAUGGCCGCCAGUCCAUCUCUCGUCGCGAUGGCAGCCCCGAGACUUCACCUCCGCUGUCGAUUGAAGAUGACCAGCCGUGCAUUGCCAAUGCUCGUGGACACCGGGGCGAAAAGGUGGUCAGCCAGCGCCAUGUAGGCCGGGAUACGCUGGGUCAUGCCCUCGAUUUACAGACCAGCGGUGUGGCCCUUAUGGGCAUGUGCACCGAUGACGUGGAGUGCGAUGAGAACUGUGGCUACGGCACGGGCUGUGUCCAUGGCUGCUACACCCGAACCAGGGGCUCGCUGGGUGGAGUCAAGCCGGGUGGCCGAGCCGAAAGUCGGCCCAAUGAUAUGCGGGGUCCCGUUGGGGUCAACAUCUUUGGCAACGAGCAGGUCAAUUGUUUUGUAACGUUUCUAAUGGAGAUGUUGGGCAUACUUGUUUUCUUUGCCAUUUGCACCAUCACAUUCUGGAUAACCCUGGGCUAUUACAUAGUACAACUGGUGGUUGAUCUUAAGAACGCCGAUCGAUUUGUUCAAACAGCUGUGGCUAUUAUUUUCUGCCUGUUGGUGCUGGCAUUUUGCAUUACCCUGGUGACCACCUACAAACCUGGUCAUUCCAGGUCAGGUUGUCGCAACAAGGACAAAUGCCGCCAAGUUCAGUCCAAAGUUGUAUCAACCGCCAAGGGGCGAAGGGGUGGUGGUAGCUGCACUAAAUGCACUUCAUUAAAACCAGUCAAAAAUGUUUCGUGCAAAAAGAAAACCUCCACUUUCUCCCUCAUGGCCAAGAAGGCCAAAACGACGACGACGUGUGCCAGUGGAAGCAAGGCCAAAAGCAGUGCGAAGCGAAGUGCGAGACCAAAAUUCUUGACUUGGGCAUUACUCAAGAACGCCUGCAAACGCAUCGCUCCAAGAGCCAGGAAACCAAUCGCGGUGUCGCCAUGCAAGUCCAGCACAAGGCGCUACACCGAUUGCCAGGGUCGGGCCAUAUUUCAGAACUCCAAACGUUUCGCCAUUCCCACCGAAAUGAAACAGCCCCCAGCUCUUGUUGUUUGGCUAAGAGACCUAAUGUGCCGCCUAUUUCGACGUUGAGACACAAAAACAAACCCUGACCAAUAAAUUUAACGUUUUCAAAUAAA